AUGGCUGAUGAAUUUGGAGACGAGGCACACCUCAACGCUCUUCUGCAGGCAGAACAGAGCGCCCCUCCCAAACCUAGAAACACCCUUUCUUCCUCAACAGCUCCGCGACAACCAACACCCAAGGUCCAACAACCAAAGCCGCAAGCCCUCCCUCCCAAACACGCACCCUCUGCGAUUCUCGUCUCAAAACGACAGAAAGGAAAUCCGAUAUUGAGUUACAUCAAGAUUUUACCCUGGGAAUAUGCGGAUAUACCCGCCGACUAUGUCCUCGGAAAUACCACAUGCGCCCUAUUUCUAUCACUUAAGUACCACCGGCUCCAUCCAGAAUACAUAUACUCCCGAAUCCGCGGGAUAGCAGGGAAAUACCGCCUCCGCAUCCUAUUAAUCAUCGUCGACAUCCCGAACCACGAAGAUAACCUGAAAGAACUAUCCAAAACAUCCAUCAUCAACAACCUAACGCUAAUGCUCUGCUGGUCCGCUACCGAAGCCGCGCACUACCUCGAGCUAUUCAAGGCCUCCGAGAAUGCCCAACCUACUGCUAUCCGCACCCAACAAGCGCAAUCAUACAAGGACUCUUUGACGGACUUCGUUACUAUGCCAAGGAGCAUCAACAAGUCCGAUGCGGCAAGUUUGAUUUCUACGUUUGGGAGUUUGCAGAAUGCGAUUAAUGCGCAACCCGAGCAGAUUAGUGCUGUACCGGGAUGGGGUGAGAGGAAGGUUCGGCAGUGGUGUAAUGCAGUGCGGGAAGAUUUUAGGAUUGAGACGGCGAAGGGGACGAAGGCGCCGGAGAGGGAUGCGGGGGCUAUGCGGGCUUUGGAGGAUAGGACGGUGACGCGUGAUGAAGAGGAGGUUAUGCGCGCUGUAAAUGCAGGAGAGAUGAGGGCGGAUAUGCCGGGGGAGGCUGAAAAUGCCCGUGAUGCACGUCCGCGUGAUGCUGGUGAGGAUGAGGGCGUGAGCGAGGGUAUAACGGCGGCGCUAGCCAAAUUGCGAGAGGGUGGCAGCUGA